UGGAUAGGCCCGAAUAACCUAUACGGUUUGACAGCUACCCUUUCUUGUGUCCAGCCCGCUGCGUCAUAUCAGUGGGAGCAGGGCUGGAGUGGUAGCUCGACUCCGCAGGAGCGAUUGUAUAUAUUCACCUUCGUAUCCCCAGAGUCAAACCCUUCUGAUCGUGAACUCAUUCUCGAGUCUUUUGCAGAGUGCCGUCUCGACAUUCUGAGAUCCUUUGGUAGUGUGUCUGCUCCUCAACUUGCUUCGAGAGGCACUGCAUCAACAUACACACCAUGAGCUACGCCCACGACGAAGAAGGCGGCCCCGGCCGUACCGGUCGCCAUAUGAGCGUCUCCCAUUAUGCGGACAAUAUGGGAGCGCCCACCUAUGACACUACCCGACGAAGGUCGUCCAUUGUCCCAGCAGACGUUGCUGGAGUCACACAAGCAGAGGCCGUCUUCAACCAAAAGGAUGACACCCUUCGCAAGAUGUCCGUGGCCGUUCCCAACCUGGCUGAGCUCACGGCAGACGCAAGGAAUGCUGCCAAUCUCGAGCACAAGAUGGGUUUCCGUGAAGGAUGCCGCCUGUAUCCUAAGGCCAUAUUGUUCUCCUUUUGCCUUUCCCUGGCCGUCAUCAUGGAAGGCUACGAUACCUACCUACUUGGCAACUUCUUUGGCAAUCCUGCUUUCAACAGAAAGUACGGCAGCUAUGCCGGCCUUAAGGACGGAUUACCAACAUAUCAGCUGUCGGCCACCUGGCAGUCUGCUCUCUCGAAUGGCACCGCCGCCGCUCAAAUUAUCGGUCUCUUCAUCAACGGCAUAGUCUCCGAGAGAAUCGGUUAUCGCUGGACAAUGAUUGGGGCGUUGCUGUUCAUCACAGGCUGCAUCUUCAUUACCUUCUUUGCCGUCAACAUUCACAUGUUGCUGGCCGGUUACGUGCUCUCUGGUCUUCCAUGGGGUGUUUUUCAAACCCUUACAACUACAUAUGCUGCCGAGGUCACUCCGGUGCCGCUUCGACCAUAUCUGACGACCUAUGUCAACCUCUGUUGGGUCAUCGGUCAGCUACUUGCUGCAGGCAUCUUGAAAGGCUUCGUCAGCAACGACAGCCAAUGGGCAUAUCGGGUUCCUUACGCGAUUCAAUGGAUCUGGCCACUUCCUAUUGCACUCACUGCAUUCCUUGCGCCUGAGUCGCCUUGGUGGCUGGUGCGCCAUGGCAAGCUGGACGAGGCUCGCAGAGCGUUGCUGAGGCUUACAUCCAAGAAGAACACCGAAUUUAACGUCGAAGACACUCUGGCGAUGAUGAUUCACACCAAUGAGCUGGAAAUCCAGCAAACUUCGGGCACAACUUACCUCCACUGCUUCAAGGGAGUCGAUCUUCGCCGAACCGAGGUGACUUGCAUCACUUGGCUCAUUCAGCAGACAUCUGGCUCUCCCAUGAUCGGCUGGGGUACCUAUUUCAUGGAACAAGCUGGUCUCGCUCCAACUGACGCCUACUCCCUCGGUGUCGGCCAGAGCGCCAUGGGCUUUUGCGGCACCGUUCUGUCCUGGUUCUUGAUGCCACACUUCGGUCGACGCACGUUGUACAUCUGGGGUCAGGUUGGCAUGUUUAUCGUGUUGAUCAUCAUUGGUGGCCUGGGUGUUCCAGUCUUGUCCACCUCGAUCGGUUGGGCGUCUGGCGCUUUGAUCCUGAUCUUGACCUUCGUCUACGAUUUCACCGUCGGUCCGGUCUGCUACUCCCUCGUGGCCGAACUCCCAUCCACCCGCCUUCGAAUCAAGACCGUCGUCUUAUCUCGGAACGUGUACAACAUUAUGGGUAUUGUGGUUGGUACCCUUCAACCUCGCAUGAUGAAUCCCACCGCAUGGGGUUGGCGUGGAAAGACCUGCUUCUUCUGGGCUGGCCUCAACUUGCUUGGUUUGAUUUGGACAUAUUUCCGCCUCCCGGAACCAAAGGGUCUCACCUACGCUGAACUGGACGUGUUGUUCGAAAACAAGGUCUCUGCUCGCAAAUUCAGGCAAGUCAAGGUCGAUCCUUACCGUUCGGAUAAUUUGGUCAUCGUUCCGGACGAGGAUGUCUCCAGCCACGAAGGCCUCGAGAAGAAAGGUUUCUAGGUUGACCGUGCUUUCCAACAAACCAUGGCUGUUGCUCUGCGAAUUCGCUGCUGGACCCUGGGUAUGAUUAUGCCAUAUUUGGUUCAUCCAAUUUUCACGAAUAUCCCGCAAAUCUUGCUAUCAAGUCGACUUGUCGUCCUUUGGCCGAGUUUGGGUCAAUUUUAUAUCUAUAUAUGGAGAUGAAAGAUAUAUAUUGAGUGCUUUAUGGUUCUCUAGUUGGCU